AUGGCCAUCCUCACAUGCCACGUCUUGGUCCUAGGAAUUGACUGUAUACGCUCAAGGAAUGCCUUGGCGACUGUGCAAUGGCUAGGGGGCGGUAGGCUGCAGGCCAUACGAAUGAAGGUAACUUCCGGUGUGGCUUUUUGUUCUUCGGAGUCUGUUGUUAAUGCAGUCAAAAACGAAGACUUCGUUCUCGAUCCAAUGGUGCAGGAGACUUCCGUCACGACGUCGACGGCAUCGCCGGUGAUGACAACAGCCUCACCGGUAACCACAACAACCCUCAUGGCGACGACCACCACAACAACUGGGGUCCCAACGGCGGCAGACGCCAUCGCCGAUCAGAUCAGUGCGGUCGAGCAGUCAGGUACUGAGCUCGUGCAAGCCAGUUUGUCAGCAUUGUUUGCUGGUGCCAACGGCUCCUCCUCCGGCCAGAACGGUUCCUCGGGUGUCCUCGCCACAAUCGAAGUCAACGCGUCGAACUCUUCGGGGCAGCUGCGCAUGACCCUGGUUGACCCCAGUGCCGUCGCGGAGAAUGGCACCUUCGAGAUCGAGGGUGCCGGCGGCUCUGGCACUGUGUCGAUCCCAGGCAGCGUCUUGCAGCAGAUUGCGGCCAAUGCUGGGACGGGCCAAGUGAUUUUGACGACAAGCACAGUCGACACAGCCAACACAGCCAACGCAUCAAAUCUCAGUGACUCGGGCGUUUUGCUUGAUGCUGGAUCCGAUAUCGUCGUGCUCACCUUCCGGGACGCGAAUGGCAACCCGAUCGAGGUCGGGAACCUGUCCGAACCCAUCGAGUUCACCCUGCCAGUUUCCGAUGAGAACGUCAGUUUGAUAGAGGGCGCCGGGCAAGGGGAGAUCCUCACAGCUCUGUCACAUGUGUCGAAAGCCAAGAAACCCGAGCUGAAAAAAGUGUGUUGGUUCUGGGACAAGAAAAAGAAGGCGUGGUCCAGAGUGGAUCUUCUGACGAUCUCGAGCACGGCUGGAGCAAUCCGAUGCAAAGUCUACCACCUAUCAAGCUUCGUUGCCGGAGCACCGCUGCCGGGCCCCGUUGGUUGGAUCGACCUGACGGAGAAUGUCAGGGCUUUGCCGAGCUCCACGGACCGCUUUGCGUUCGCCCGCAGCGACAAGCGCUCCUACUUGCCGAGCAUCCUCUACGGUGCCAAUUAUGCGAACGCCGCCGAAACAGGUGCUGCCACGGAGGCUGUGUGGCAGCUUUAUCCCCCCUACUUCUGGACCGACGUCACGCCGGCCGUGGCUGGGCCAGGACUCGUCAACAAGCAAGCAGGCUUUGCCCCAAAUGACCUCUGGCUGCUGAAGACCGGAGAGACCGAGACCGCCUUGUUCGAGUGGUCCGCGACCCCAACUUCCGGCACGCGCCCAGGGCCCCGCUAUCAGCACUCAGCAGUGGCAGGCCAAACGGCGGCCGAUGGUGAGGUGAUGAUCGUGUUUGGUGGGAACGAUGACAUGUUGGCCCUCACCAACGAGCUCCAUAUCCUGAGCCUGGGCUCCAAGACCUGGACGCUGCGAUCUCCAACAAACCCCCCCAUGCCUCGCGGCGGCCACUCGGCGGUCUGGGCAGCGGAGCUGGCGAAGAUGCUCGUUUUCGGCGGCUGGGCGGGCUCGGCUGGCUAUGUCAAUGAGCUCUUCUCCUAUACCCCAGACCAAGAUGCAUGGCACCCGCAGGCGUCCUUCCUCCAGAACAAUCCCUCGGCGUUGCUGUUUGGACUGGCAAACCGUGCUGAGGCAUACAACUCUUCCACGAGAAAGCCGCACUUUGCCGAGGCUUUGGGUGGUUUGGUUCCAGGCUCAACGUCAACAGCGACAUGGCAUUGGGCUCCUGAUGCAGCCGAUGGCUGGUGGUCUUCCAACUCAUCGGCUCUGCAGCCCGCCCAAGCGUCGGACGACACGGCCGUGUGGGAUCCUUUUGAGGGUCGAAUGUUCUUGGCACAGUUCAGACAAAGUUCCUACACGUUCAUGUCCUACGAGGUCGCCACGAGCAGCACGACAUCCACGACAACCACAACUGGAGACGACAUCCUCUUCGCCAAAGGUUCCACGCACCUGGCUGUGGGCAGUGUAAGCUGGUUCAGCGUAGGGAACAAGAUCCAGAUUUGGGAUACACACGCCAGUGAGUUCAAAAUUGUUGUCAACAUCACGUUGCAGCAGGAUGCAGGCAAUGUCGCACGAACUCUCAUUGUGGAUGCGCCCCUCGUGAAUGACUACCGAGUGAGCAGGCAGGCGACCGACAAGGUUCGAGCCGGAUACGAAGGUGUGGCCGUGACAGCCAAUGGGAAGGCGGUGUUCGCCCCCGGUGCGAACUACGCAUGGCUUUGCGACCCGAGCUACGACAACACGCGGGUUGGGAUCCUGGACCUCGCGACAAGACAGUGGGAGACCUUCAACCUCACAGAUUGCAGCUUGGACACUCCGAGCCCCUUACCGGCAAACGGCUGGCGAGGCGCAGCAGCGGUGGGCAACAAGGUGGUCUUUGCGCCGGCCAAGCACUUCGAGGCCCCAAACCCGGCUAAAGCAGUCGUUGGGAUCUUUGACGCAGUGCCGCCCUACGCCUUUACCCGCAUCGACAUCUCCAGCAACGUGUCCGUUGCCGACACGCGGGAGCUGUUCAACGGCGCGGUGGCAGUGGGCAACGUGGUCGUUUUCACACCGGGCAACAGCCGGGCGGUGGGCAUCUUCGACGUGAGCACUUCCAGCUACAGGCAGGCUGCGCCGGCGGGUGGCUUGGCACCCGGGGGGACGCUGACAGAUGCGGUCGUGGUAGGGAACAAGGCCGUGUUCUGUCCAUUCCGGGGGAAGAACCUCGUGACUUUCGAGCCAGGACCCGACACCUUCGAGGUGGUGGACGUCAGUGCAAAAGUGACCUAUGCCGACCGCGGCUUCCAUGGUGCUGCCGCAGUCGGCCGGAAGGUUUUCUGUGCCCCGUGGGCGGAGAAUGGCAUUGGCAUCUACGAUGUGGACACUGGGGUCUUCGACUUGGUAGCCGUGGACCUCUUCACGACCUCGCCUGGCACCAGCUACGCAUUCUACGCAGCCGCGGCCCUGGGACCCCUCGUCUACUUUGCGCCUGGAGAUGGCGGUGUCCUCCUGACCCUAGACACACGUGACAACUCCACGCAGACGGAUGGCAGCCUGGGUCCCCGUGUUCUCAAAGGCCGGCAGUCCUUCUUCUCCGGCGCGACCGAUGCCUCAUCGGGAAUGGCGGUCUUCUCGCCCUACAUUGCCCAGGAUGUCCUGGUCAUCCAGCGGUGA